AUGUACAGGAAAUUAGUGGCGCUUCAACUACUCCUCCUGUUGAUCCACUUGGUCGCAGGGGGUCAGAUCCAGGAUGCUGCCGAGGAGAUCGAUGUGCCGCCUGCCCACCGUGCUGCUCCGCCACCUGGAGCUGCUGCACAGCCGCCGCCACUCGGACCGCUGGGACCACCACCGGGUGUAGCCUCUGCUCCGCCGCCCAACUAUCCUUUGUUUUACCCAGCUGCGUGGCCGCCAUUCGGACGCUUCAGCGCCUCCAUUCCCGUCCAGCCGCCAGUUGUGGCGAUCAUUGCCUGA